AUGACCCGCUUCCCCAAGGUCGCAAUCAGUAUACCUGACCUCCAUCCCGAGGUCCACCUACACGCAAUCAAGAGCGGACUUCGACCCGGAAAGUUCCAGGAGACAAUCGCAGUAGCCAAGCCGAAGACUCUUGCAGAAUUUCGUGAGAAAGCAAAAGGACAAAUUGAUAUUGAAGAGCUCAGACAAGCUCGGAAAGCUGACAAGUCACAAUUUCGAGAAGACGAUAAGAGCUCAAGCACUAAGAAAAAUUUUAAACUAACACCUCGCUUUGAUUCUUAUACGCAGUUCAAUACUAAGAGAGAGGACAUAAUCAAAGAGAUCUUGAACUCAAAAUUGAUCAAGCCACCAAGAAAAGCCGGUACCUAUCAAGACGCAAAGAAUGUAGACAAGUCUAAAUACUGCGCUUUCCACCAGAAACACGGCCACAACACUGAUGACUGUGUAGUCGCCAAGGACCUUUUAGAACGGUUGGCAAGGCAGGGACACCUUGACAAAUACAUUGGGGGUCACAUCCAAAAGCGCGCCCCUCCUUCCACAACAAACGAUCCCUUCGAACAACAAAACCGAGGAAAAGAGAAGGCAUCUUCAAGCCACUACGAAAGACCGCGAGGUAUAAUUAAUUGCAUUUCAGGAGGAUACGCUAGCGGAGGAUCCUCGAAUUCGGCAAGAAAAACAUCGUUCCGAACAAUAUGCUCGGUAAACGGACCACAACAAGAUGCUGAAAUGACUAAUCAACAACCAGAAGUUACUUUCACACACGCCGACUUCAACUCCAACAUACAAAAUUUGGACGACCCUGUGGUAGUCACUCUUCAGCUAGGGGAUUUGUUGGUAAGAAAAGUACUCCUGAACCCCGGGAGCAGUGCCGACGUUCUGUUCUAUUCCACAUUCCAAAAAAUGAAGCUCAGCGACAACAUGCUACAGUCAACAGGUGGAGACUUGGUCGGAUUCUCAGGAGAACGGGUUCCAAUACUCGGUUCAGUGUGGUUACAAACGACACUGGGUGAGCAUCCUCUUUCAAAAACUAAUGAUAUUCAAUAUUUAGUAGUUGAUUGCUUCAUUCCAUAUAACCUUAUCCUUGGCCGACCUUUUCUGAACAAGUUCGGCGCAAUUGUUUCCACAGUUCAUCUGUGUGUUAAGUUUCCCCUGCAGGACGAUCAAGUCGUAACAAUCCACAGAGAUCAUAAAGAAGCACGGCAAUGUUACAACAUCGGCAUGAAAUUUCAAAAUCGUUCAAGGCAACAAGUCAACAAUGUCGACAUCAAGCAAAGCGGCCAGAAACUUGCCGACCUUGACCCAAGAGCCGACUUCCUCGAACGCCCAAAACCUUCCGACGACCUACAAAAAAUGUAUUUUCAUAAUGACCCUAACAAAUUUACUUAUGUAGGUACCUCAAUCAACACAUCAGAACUACAGGCCAUCACGACCUUUUUGCAAAAUCAAGCCGACCUUUUUGCAUGGACACCCUCAGACAUGCUCGGCAUCGACCCACAAAUCAUCAGUCAUAAACUAGCAAUAAACUCGGCAGUCCGACCAGUACAACAGAAGAAAAGGAAACUCGGCGAAGAGAAAAAAAGAGCGUCACUAGAGGAAAUCCAAAAGCUCAUCAACGCAGAAUUUAUCAAAGAAAUCAGAUUUACCACCUGGUUAGCCAAUGUGGUAAUGGUAAGAAAACAAAACGAUAAGUGGCGCAUGUGCGUCGACUUCACUGACUUAAACAAAGCAUGCCCUAAGGAUUCUUACCCUUUACCAUCCAUAGACUCUUUAGUAGAUAACGCGUCAGGUUAUGCUACCUUAAGUUUUAUGGAUGCGUACUCAGGGUAUAAUCAAAUCCUCAUGCACCCCUCCGAUCAAAGUAAAACGGCAUUUAUUACUGAUUUCGGUAACUAUUGUUAUAAAGUUAUGCCAUUUGGAUUAAAGAACGCAGGUGCAACUUACCAACGUCUUAUGGACAAGGUCUUCGCCAAACAGAUCGGCAGAAAUAUCGAAGUCUAUGUUGACGAUAUGGUCGCCAAGACACAAAUCGGAAAUAAUCACGUCACCGACCUCACAGAAAUAUUCGGCCAAAUUUGCCACUACAACAUGCGCCUUAAUCCCGAGAAAUGUGCAUUCGCCGUUCAAGGGGGUAAGUUUUUAGGUUUUCUACUAACAAGCAGAGGAAUAGAGGCGAAUCCAGACAAAUGCCGAGCAGUACUGGACAUGGCCAGCCCAAAAACAGUCAAAGAAGUUCAGCGCCUCACAGGAAGACUCGCCGCACUCUCCAGAUUUGUUCCUUGCCUAGCUUCAACAUCUAUCCCCUUUUUCCAAACAAUAAAAAAGAAAAACAAAUUUCAUUGGAGCGACGAUUGUGAGAAAGCUUUUUCAAAAUUAAAAACAACUCUCUCACAACCGCCGAUUUUGCAAAAGCCCCUACAAGGGGAAGACUUAUUUCUAUACUUAUCAGUUUCUGAUUGGGCAAUAAGCUCGGUUAUUGUUACAGAGAGGAAUAAAGUUCAGCAUCCAAUAUAUUUUGUGAGUAAAACACUCCAGCAUGCCGAGCUCAACUAUCCGAGGAUAGAAAAGCUCGCAUUAGCUCUAAUAUUCUCGGCACGACGACUCCGACCUUAUUUCCAAAGCCACGUCAUUCAUGUUAGAACAGAUCACCCAUUAAGGCAGGUGUUACACAAACCAGAAAUUGCAGGAAGACUCAUAAAAUGGGCAGUCGAAUUAUCUGAGUUCGACAUCAGGUAUGAAUCCAGGGGACCGAUCAAGUCCCAAUUCUUGGCUUAUUUCAUUGCCGAACUUACAAUACCUUCAGAAGAAGACCAUACAAAGCAAUGGACAUUGUACGUGGAUGGCUCCUCCAAUAAUGGGGGCUGUGGAACAGGAAUACGCCUGGAGGCCGAUGAUGGCCUCAUAUUGGAACAUUCUUUACAUCUAGUUUCAAAGCCAGCAACAAUCAAUCCGAAUAUGAAGCACUAG